AUGUUGUUGCGGAAGAAGCAGCUUCUUCUUCGGAUCCUGCUGUUACUCCUGUUGUGGCGAAAGGCGGCUGAGCCGUCUUUACCCCGUUGGUGGGUCCGCGAAGAGUGGCUUUAUCGGGGAACCGAGGGAGCCUACAACACAAUGGUGCGGCGGAUGCAAUCCAGCGACUCCGAACUCCAUUAUACAUUCCUGAGGAUGUCUCCGAGUAGAUUCGGCCACUUACUGGGACUCCUAAAAGAAAGGCUAACAAAAAAUCCUUGGGGUAGGCCAGCAAUCCCCCCAGAGCAGAGGCUUGCGAUUACUCUGAGGUACCUGGCUACUGGAGACAGUUUGAAAUCAUUGGCCUUCCUAUUUCGUGUUGGCUUUACAACAGCCAGACGAGUGGUACUGGAGACGUGUGAGGCAAUUUGGGAAGUGCUGCAACCUGUUUACUUGCCCGAACCAACUCGUAUGACUUGGGAGAGGUCUACUGAAGGCUUUGCUGCCAGGUGGCAAUUUCCAAACUGUGUCGGUGCCGUGGAUGGCAAACACGUGAACAUCCAGGCACCGCCACUCAGUGGAUCAAUGUAUUACAACUACAAACAUCACUUCUCGGUCAAUCUGAUGGCAAUAGGAGAUGCUUCAUAUAGAUUUCUUGCCGUAUCCAUCGGGGACUAUGGGUCUCAUUCCGACGGAGGAGUCUUCAAAAACUGCCCCAUUGGACUGGCGUUAGAGGCUGGGGAAUUUGAUCUACCCCCGCCAAGGAUGCUCCCUGGAAGUACUAUAAGAGUGCCAUCGGUACUCGUUGGCGAUGAAGCGUUUCAGCUUCGACCAGAUUUUAUGAGGCCCUACCCUGCUGGAUGCCUUGACAGGAGCAGACGAAUAUUCAAUUAUCGACUGAGCAGGGCCAGACGAUGCAUCGAGAAUUCGUUCGGUAUCCUGGCUUCUCGGUGGAGGAUAUUUCGGAGACCUCUCUGCCUGUAUCCAGAAAAUGUGACACGUGUUGUCCAGGCUUGUGUUGUGCUACACAACUAUCUGCUGACUGAAGAAGAUCCGACUGAUCCCAGCAGUUAUUGUCCUCCAGGUCAUACAUUCUGUCGUGCAUAA